AUAAAUUAAAAUAAAAGUUUCUCCUCCUCUUCAUCUCUCUGUAGCUCAGGCACAAAGUUUAUAUUUCUGAAACCCUAGCUUCUUUGAUGGCUUCUAACUUGUGCUUGAAGACCCUUGCAGUGUUGGCUCUUGCCCUUGCGGUUUGUGUCCAAGCCACUCUAGGAGGAAUAACAUGUGAGAAUCUAGAGCACGAUGCAUGCGCAUUCGCGGUGUCAUCGUCCGGCAAACGCUGUGUGCUUGAGAAGCAUGUGAGAAGAAGCGGAGAGGAAGCGUAUACGUGCCGAACAUCGGAAAUUGAGGCUGAUAACUUGAAGGACUGGAUCGAGAGCGAGAAGUGCAUCAAGUCUUGUGGGCUUGACCGCAAAUCCUACGGCAUCUCAUCGGACUCUCUCCUGGAGUCUCGAUUCACACAAAAACUUUGCUCCCCUCAGUGUUACGGCAACUGCCCCAACAUUGUUGACCUUUACUUCAAUCUUGCUGCUGGUGAAGGUGUAUUUUUACCAAAACUUUGUGAAGCACAAGGAGCAAAUGCUCGUCGAGAGAUGUCGGAGAUUCGUAGCUCUGGAUAUGUUGCACCGGGACCAAUCAACGCGAAAUUAACAGCACCAGGGCCAAUCAACUCAGUGAACUUGGCAACUUCUUAUACACCAGCGGAGGGUGCCCCAGCCCAGUCUCCUUACUAAGAGAGAUUUUUCAGUGUGACGGGAACACAGGAUGGUACACCAGUGUCACUAUACAAAUGGUAAGAUAUGUGUGUUAAAAGGUUAAUAACUAAAAAAAUAAAAGUUUCCAUCAUUUAUAUAAAAACAAGUGGUGUACCACUCGUGUUCCGGUCAAAAAAAAAAAAAAAUUCUCCUAGUAAGUACACCAUCAUGAAUGCACCAAGGGCUGAGUUUCCGGCCGGGCUCGAUAUUCUGCACCAAAAUAUCUUUAUGUGUUGUUUAAAUUAUUACAAUAUAUGGAACUUAGAAUUCAGAAGUACUGCGUAUGUAGAUUAAUUAAGUGAGCUAUUUGUGUUGUUAAAGCUUGCGUUCUAGCUUUUGUAUGCUUUAAUUUUCAGAUGGAUUUAAUAAUAAAAAUGCUUUCUACA